GCGCCAGGUGAGGCUGCGCUGCCUGUUGCGCCGAGCGGAGCGGAGCCGGGCGGAGCAGCCGGGGGCAAUAGCCGGGAAGUUUUGCGGGAAGGCGCCGCGCCGCGAUGCAUGCUUCUAAGAAGAGCACUGACCAUGAGGAAGCCCAUGUGUUAGUUGUUUUUUACUAAACCCACGGAAGAAAAUGGAGCCACAUUUCAGCUUUGCCGAACCUUUUUCCACCACAGUUGGCUGAAUGAGAAAUGGUCAUGUGAUUAUGCUGACACCCCAGCAUGCAUUUGGUAGACCUGUGGUUAACUCGUUCCCUCUCCAUGUGUCUGCUCUUACAAAGCUUUGUCCUCAUGAUACCGUGCUUUCAUUCUACCAUUGUGUGCCCAAAAGGCUGCUUCUGUUCCCUCUCUGGAGAUCUGUAUGUCAACUGUAGCAAUGCAAACCUCAAGGAAAUACCCAGAGAUCUUUCUCCAGAAACAGUCUUACUUUAUUUGGACUCCAAUCAGAUAACAUCUAUCCCCAAUGAAAUUUUUAAGGACUUGCACCAACUGAGAGUCCUCGAUUUAUCAAAAAAUGGGAUUGAGUUUAUAGACGAACACGCCUUUAAAGGGGUGGCAGAAACCUUGCAGACUCUGGAUUUGUCUGACAACCGGAUUAAAAGCGUGCACAAAAACGCUUUCAACAACUUAAAGGCCAGAGCCAGGAUUGCAAACAAUCCCUGGCACUGUGACUGCACACUGCAGCAGGUAUUGCGGAGCAUGGCCUCCAACCAUGAGACAGCCAACAACGUCAUCUGCAAGACUUCUGUGCUGGAUGAACACGCAGGGAGACCAUUCCUCAAUGCUGCCAAUGAUGCUGACCUCUGCAACCUUCCUAAAAAGACUACUGAUUACGCCAUGCUGGUCACCAUGUUUGGCUGGUUCACCAUGGUGAUCUCCUAUGUAGUUUAUUAUGUCCGACAGAAUCAGGAGGAUGCAAGGAGGCACCUUGAGUACUUGAAAUCCCUGCCAAGCAGGCAAAAGAAACCAGACGAAGCUGAUGACAUUAGCACUGUGGUAUAGUAUUCUGAAUACAAUGACUGCCUUUGUGAUGAGAACUAGAACUGGAUGACGCUAAAACCAGAGGUUUACUUCUAAGGUUCAUUGUAAACAUUAAGACUUUUGGGGUUGUUUUUUUUUUCCUGUUUAACUGAAUUACACCACUGUUGAGCUUUCUAACAGAAAGUUUUGUCUGGGUGGUAUACUUCAAUUAUUUCUCUGGUGGUAUCCUAAAACAAGUGAAUUAAUAUGUAAACAUUAGUUUAGACCCAUUCCACUAUUUAAUAAUGAAAUUUAUUUUUUUAAUUUAAAAACCAAAUAAAAGCUUAAAUUUGAACCACGUAAAGCAGAGUAAUUUAUUGAUGAGAAACCUGUGCAGUGCCAGAGCACACUUGGUUUCUUCAGAGGAAUGAUGAUGAGGAGGUCCAGGAGUGGAGGGUCCCUGAAGGGCACUUCUCACCCGUGGGUGCAAAGUGAAAAGCUGGUGAAUGGUAGCCUGUCUGGGGGUCUGCCCACCAAGAUGGGAGAGGGGCGCAGUGUGAGGAGAGCAGAAUGCUCUGACUCCAAGUGUAAGGGACUGAUGCUUGGUUAAGACCUCAGAGGGCAUUUAGGCAGUGCUGGGGAGGAGAAAACAUAAAGGAGCUGCAUUUCAGGAUGUCAAAGAGAGGUAAGUUGGGGGAAUGUGGUGGAUUUUCAUCUUACACCUGCUUACUGCCUUGUGUGAGCUUCAUGCGACUGUCUUCAGCACUGGGGAGUACAGCAAGAAGGCAAGAGCAAACUUAGUAUACUCUGUUUCAAACUGUUCAAACUGGAGUACCACUAGUGAUGAUUAAAAUAAAACCUAAUAAACCUGGGGUUUUUUAAUCUGUAUAUAAUCUGUUCAUAACUAAAAGUGACUUUAUUUUUUAGGGUAUAGCCUUUUUAAAAAAAAUUAAGGAAAUAAAUUAAUAUAUAGGCUAGACAUGUUCUGUUGUGUGAUAGGAAAUACGUGUUUUUGUAUGAUUUCAUGACUAAACAUUUGGGAAGAUAUAAAGCCCACAUGCAGUUAAACUCAGUGUUGCAUAUGAAAUGGAUAUUUUAAAUCUCUGCUGUCUUUAAAAAUAUGAUUUUUUUUUCAUAGAUAAAGUUUUCAAAGGGAACAAAUUCUCAAGAAUGUAUUUGUCUUGUUCUUUAUUACCAUAAUAAAAUGAUACUUGUCUCUGGGUCCCUGUAGGUCCCAUCUAACUGACAUUGGAAUGUGUAUUAUGGAAGGGUGGAUAAAAAAAUAUAUAAAAUGCUGCUUUGCUAGAACAAGUGUUAAAAGACAGCCU